AUGUACACAAAAAUUAUAAAUUUUGAAGAAAAGGUGCUUGUUUAUCAUAAAAUAGAAGAUGAAGUGGAAAUAGAAAAUGAAGAAACUGAAGAAAACCAAGACACAGAAAAUAUAGAAACUGAAGAAGACCAAGAUAUCAAAGAUGCAGAAACUGAAGUAGACAAAGAUACCAAAGAUGAAGAAACCGAAGUACACAAAGAUUCUGAGGAUGAAGAAGAUCAAAUACCACCUUCAGGUAAUUUCACUAGUAAUAGCACCACUGCUCGGCAAGUAGAAAGGAUAUUUUGUGCAAUUAUCGAACAUGGACAACUAGUAUUAAUGAUAAAUGGAAAGACAUUGGAGAACCUUAAAUAG